AGAGCUUGAUCUGGCUCAGCCCGGGCAGGAGCUCGGCCGUCAGAGUGGUACGCAGGCAGGUCCGUGGGGGUGUGGUGCGUGCGUGCGUGCGCGAGUGACCAUCGCAGGAACGAACGACGACGGCGUUGCGCUAGUUGCGUGCACGUCUCCGCUGUGCUGAAACUGGAUAUUUGCCGUCGAGACAGCUUGGAAUACCAUAUCGGAAGACUGGGGAUUGGAAACGUUCGCGCUGCUGGAGGCUGUUCGAGAACUUAGCGGACAGGCGGUGGAAGCAAACUUGUUCGGGUGGUGUAGACAAGUCGAGUACGUGACCGUUUCUUUCGAGUGGUUGCUCUUACGUGCUGUGGUCGUGUCGGAGCAGACGUCCGUACAUUUCGGGCGCGGAGUGAUCUUGUGGUCGCCAAAUACCGAGGACUAGUAUUUUCCAAGAAGGCGAGGCUGGGGUCCAGUUAGAAAUGUCCGCACAUUCCUCAGAGAGGCAUCGAAACGGUGGCCGGCUGUUGUUAAUUGAAACCGAGUGGAUCGAAGCCCCUUCGUCAACUCGUUGAUGGUUGUCAUGACACCGUUCUUGCCACGGCUCCUGGAGCCAGCCACGUAGAGAAUCCGAUUCCUCCGUGAACGCGCACCACCCCAAAGAUGGAGCUGUUCCCCGUGCUCUGGCUGGCAGUGUCGGCCACGGCCCCCGUGCUCAUCGUGCUGUGUCUCUGGGUGUCCUACGUCUUCCACACGUACCGCCGCAAGUGGAGAACCGUAGACCUGUUCCUCCUGUCUGUCUCAUGCCAGGACCUCGUCACCGCGCUCUUCUGCUUCGGAUUCUCGGUGCUGCGCCUCAUAGGGCCGAAGAUGGCCGCUGCGCCCUGUGGAUUCGUUCUGUGGGGCCUGGCGGCCACCAGGACCUUCCAGUUAGCCACACUCGCGUCCGCUGUGGGCGACCGCCUGCUGACCGUGCGAUGGCCCUACCGGUAUCGGUUCAGCGUGCAGAGGAACCAGAUUCGCUACCACGUCGCAGUGCUUGCCGUCAUAGGCGUUCUCAUCGGAGUGGCGUCGGCCUUCGCCAGGUCUUCGGAGUCCAUGGUGGAGUGCUCGCUUCACCCGCAGCUGUGGGACGGCCGUUACACGCUCUUUGUGCUUGUGCUCUACGGGUCGCUCAUGGUUGCGAGCAUCUGCAUGAGCGUGGCCAUGGAGGUUCAGCGCUGGCAGCUGACCAGAAAAGCGCGUCUUCAGCAGCUGAGGACGGCCACCCCGGAGUACGGAACCACGAGCACGGGUAGCAGCGUCAGUUCUUCCAGCUCGAGGCCGCUGCACGUGCUCGGUAGGCAGACCUCCAGGAGACCCUACAGUCCACAGGUGCUCUGCGAAGCCGGUGUGUCCGAGUUUCGCUGGACUGUUGUGGCCGUGGUUACCCUACUGUCCUUCGCCAUCAACCAUUUACCCUAUCUGGUCUUGGUGGUGCUCGGGGCGUACAUCGACGGCUUCUGGACCCCGUGGCACGACAUGGCGGUGGUCUGGCUCCGACUGGCCCAGGGCUUCGUGUUCCCGCUUAUCCUCUGCCUUACGGACAGGUACCACUGGACGGCUCUCAAGAAGACGCUUCAACGGCGAUCCGCCUCGGCUGACUUCACCGGGGAAGACAAUCGCUACCGGCUAUACACUGGCGAUUCCAAGAGUUACAUCAAGAGCCUUGGUCCGGUGGCGCCCAUUGGCAUUGUGACCAACUACAAGCGUUCCUCUGCGAGCUACGGCAAGGUCUCCAAGAAGGCCGUCAGGUCGGCCUCCCACUGCAGUGACCGAGCCAGAUUACCGGUGACGGCGCCCAAGUUCUUGGUGCCGAGCAUCUACAACGUAGACUGCGUUCUGGAUAAGUCCGCCUACUUCAGGGCCGCCCAGAUGCAGGAGAGUCCGAGACUAAUGUCCCAAAACAUAGUCACUCCCGAAGACACUGGAAGUUGUUAUUCCAUCGACUCCACCCUCAAGGUCCACAUUCCUGCGGUUGACUACGACUCCGAGAAAGGAAGGCCCGACAACGACGACCGUCAAGAACAUGAUAUCUCGUGGAUCAAGGCGGAAGAGGAAGACCACAUCUACGCAACCCUCUCGGAUACUCUUAGCUUGCGGUCGACCAUCGCGGGCGAGAGCUGUGCGACGUUCAGCGCCCCAGAAGAAGAAACCGACUCAGACGACGCCGGCUCGUUUACAACGGACGCCAAUGACGACUUUGAGUUCCACGACACGAGGCCCUGUGGUGGCGAAGUGAGGAUGCGUCCGUCCACGACAACAGACACGGCGUACGGAACGUUUGCAGCCACGUACGGGCUGCAGCAGAACACCGGCGACCAGUACGGACAACGGCUGCAGAGGCCCCCGGAUCCGCCACCGUACCAAGAGUCUUGUACCAUGGCCGCCAGGAGCGCGUCUUACUCAAUGAACGAUCUCGAUCUCAUCGACAAGCUGGACGCGGACCCCGCCGAGGAAGGGUUUCACACCGCCUGGAAACCGGCCAGAAGCGAAUCCCUAAUGUCCCUCUACAAUCCCCCGGUUGAAGAACUGCCACAGGUCCCGGAGGAGAUCCUCGCCAAGGACCCCAGCAACGACCCGUACAGUCUGGGGCAGAAGGUGAUGGAGGCCAUCAUGAAGAACGGUCGAUCUUCUUUUGUCAUCCGACGAAACUAUGUGCGGAAGGCCAAGAAGAGGAUAGGGCUCAAGAAACACAAGCUCGUGUUCGACUGCGAAGGAAUCGACGACGGUUUUACGGCCGUGCGAAGGUUCUCUUUCCAACAGCAUCGGCUCGGAGGCAUCAACGCCAUUCGGAGGAUCGGAAGCCCCACGAGCCAGUGGCACGUUCCCACCGGCCCCGCCGGAAGGCUGACGGUCAUUUCCGAAUUUAUCUAGGUGUACAUAACAAACCAUUGCUUUCGAGUCGACCGACUCGCCAUCUAGAGGUUGCCUUAAUAAUGUAUACACUGUGGACUCGUCCCAUGAAGCCAACGGAAGUGUCAAAUGGUGCCGUUGUCAUCCCUUGAAGCGCGUGUUGUUAUUCCAGCCGUUCCGUAAUCAAAAAUAGCACGUUAAGAUAUGAUACGCGUAGCGACCAGCACUUCUAGCUUCGCCUCGCAUGCUCCCAUUGCCCGAUAGGAUAUCACAUGCCGCAGCAACUGGCAUUGCAGUGGCACUAACGUGCUUUCAUGAUUUAUCCCUUCAUGGUCAGUAAAGCGUGUUUCGUAUACGUGAAGACCCCGUUAUGGAGAAAUCGGGCUGUUAGAUUCGUAGUAAAUUAACGCGGUACUGCUGUAGCAUCGAGACAGUAAACCAACGAUGCGUUGCGACAGCUUACCGAGAACAGCAAGCCGUUCGCACCAUACUUCGCAAGUUGCAGUCACACCGCUAAUACAUCAUACAAAAGACCGUCUCUAGACAGGGCCGGCCCCUGGAGUUGAGCGACUCAGGACGCCAUCAGUAGAGGGGCGCCGCCGCGCCCCGCUUUUGAAAUUAUUUUAGCUUUUUUUUUUUAUUUAUUUGAACACUGCGCCCGACAUUGCCGUUCGUUUUUGCAGUGCGGUUCUCCAAAACGCUCGUGUUGGGCCACCACUCACAUGUCGUACUAUAUUAGAUAGGGGCGUAUAAAAAGGAAGGGGGCAUCACGGCCGGGGUUUGCCCAGGGCGCUUGCCCAGGGCGCUUGAUGGUGUAAGGUCGGCCCUGUCUGCAGUUACUGUCUGAAGCGCGCUUCUUCCUUGUAUGGUAGUCAUGUCACAUUGGUCAUAAAAGAACUGUCUCUAAACAUGUUCGAAGUAUACGCAUGAAUGAAGCAAACAUGCUUCGAACAUGCCUGAGAUGUGUGCGCAGACAAUCAUGUCAUCAUGUCCGCAUGCAAACGCCGUGUAUUAUGUAUGAUUAGGGUCCCUCAUUUUCGGGUUUUAUAUUUUUCAAAAAUCGGUGGGUAAAAAUCGGGCGCUUGGUUCCAUGUUGGUAAUCGGAGGAAAAUCGAAUUUUUCGAAGAAUCAUUUUGCAAUUCGGGUUUUUCAGUUUCAUUAAUAAAUAAAUAUGCACAAAUAACAAUAAAGAGUACUAAUUAGUUUAAGCUGAAUAUUUUUUUUCGCAACCAAGUCAUUAAAAAGCACGAGACAGCAUUUUGGCAUCAUCUGCAGUUCUGCUGGGCUAGUGGCAUCAACCUUUGAACGUGUUCGGUUCUUGGAAAUAUCUGAAAUGAGAAAAGAUUCUCUGAACAACGCAGCUUUUAGUAUAAACUUCUUUUUUCACACUAGUUGAAAUGCAAGGGGAAAAGAACAGAGCAAAGGAUACGUUGCAACAAACACAGAAACGACAUAUUGGUGCAUGCUCGAUCUGUACUGCGGUUCAAUGAAGUCAACAGGAUAUAUCAUUGUAUCCCAGGUCCGGAGCCAGCGUACGUGUUUCUACCAACGUUUAGUUUCAUGGAAAAUAUUUGGGGAACAAAGUAAUGUGGCAACUGAUGGAAUUCACUUUCUAAAUUCGGGUAAAAAUCAACAUUAACCCGAUUUUCAUAAGAUACGUUUGGGGUGUAAACAUCGCGAAAUGUCGGGUUUUACCCGAAAACGACGGACCCAAUGUAAGAUGAACGAGCAGUGUAUGACUGUGACUUACGGGGUUCACUCUCGCAAAGUCUCGAUUCGUUUCCGACAGAAUAAAGUUUGGCAUCGCAUCGAAUCUCGGUACACGUCCCGAAGCGAAUUGGAAAGUUUCAGCGGGACGCCGCGUCCGUUUUCAGUGCCUUCGGUGUGUUCGAUCAGCCCAUGACCCGGAAAUACCUCACUGUACAUAUGCUCAUCGUGAAUGUCCGACGUGGCACUUGGCGUCCGUUGUACGCCAUGUCGCCCCGAGCUGACGGCUUUGGAGUAAAGUGCGGCUGCUCUUCUCCACGGCCGGAGGUUGAGUGAACCUUGUGAACGUGCGCAUGGUCGAUGAACGGCCGACAGCGGGCACGCUUGGGUGCCGGCGUCUGCUUUAGACAAUGGCGUGUGUGUGCCCGGUGCUAACGAACUGGAUGUCUGCUUUCCCAAUGAACCGUGCCGCGACGGAAGUGCCGCCGCCUGUCUGCAAAGUGCCUGCCGCGUGACGACUUACAAGCUUAAUAUAUACCUCCUUAUCCGAAGGGCCACGCCCGCAUCGCGCACUUCCCGAUGGCCGUGCACUUCCUCCUCUUCAAACAAGAAAAAAAAAACAGUAUGUGUGUAUGAGUGCAUGUGUGCGCGUGUGUGUGUAACCCAGCGGUUUGCUCGAUAAAAUAAAAUAAAAAUUCAUACCAUU